AUGAACUUCAUUGACGUCUCUCUGCCCUUCCAGUCUCUCCGCAUUGCACCUCCAAGCGGUAACCGCACCUCCACAACCAACACCACCACCCGCCAGCAGACCUCACAAGUUGCCCACCUGUCCAAGGGGGCUCCCUCUGCCCCCGGUCUGCCCGAUACUCUCCGCAACAAGCUCACUCUCCCCGCCACGGCAACCGCCUCGUCCACCAACCACCCAUCUUUAUCAGAGAUCCCUGCCUCCACACACCCCCUGGAAGCUCGCCUGCUCGCCUGGCGUGCCACCCAGGACUCGAUGAAGAUGGAAUCUCUGCGUCGCGCCUACGGUAUCGCCGAGCCGGUGCGUCGUGGAAUGGAGCUCAAGAUCGUCCGGGAUGGCACGUUCCGGCCCGCCGUGUUGGGUGGAAUGAGGGGUGGUAAUGUGCACGAAGACAUCCUUGCGCUUGGCGGAAGAGAUACGGAGAUUGGCUGGGAGGAUGUGUUCCAGGGCGACGAGCUUCGGGAACCACCCUCGUUCCACGACGAGAUGGAGAAGAGACUGAAGAUGGACUUUUAA